AUGGAGAAAGCUACCCAGCCCCAGCUGCAGCUGUCAAUAUCCAAGGGGACGGAAAGUCCGGCGGAGGAUAUCGCCAAUCUGUCGGACGAGGAGCUUCUGAAGUGGACCAAGGAGGAGUUGGUGCGGCGGUUGCGGCGGUCCGAGGCGGACAAGAUGAGCGUCAUCAUGGACCACGCCAAUCUGAUCCGCGAGGUCAACCGCAGCCUCCAGUUGCAUCUGAACGAGAUUCGGGGGUUGAAGGACGUGAACCAGAAGCUGCAGGAGGACAACCGUGAGCUGCGCGACCUCUGCUGCUUCCUGGACGACGACCGUCAGAAGGGCAAGCGGGUGUCGCGCGAGUGGCAGCGCCUGGGCCGCUACAGCGCCAGCAUCAUGCGCAAGGAGGUGACGCUCUACCUGCAGAAGCUCAAGGAGCUGGAGCAGCGGCAGGACGAGGUGAUCAAGGAGAACCUGGAGCUCAAGGAGCUGUGCCUCCUGCUGGAGGAGGAGCGGGGAGGAGGAGGAGGAGGAGGAGGGGUGGGGAGUGGGGGGACUACUGGACCCGGGUGCAGGAGCUCCAUCGAUAGCCAGAGCAGCCUGCUGAUGGUGCCCGGCACGGGGCUCCUGAUGAGGGACGUCGGGGACGGGAGCAGCACCUCCAGCGCCGGCAGCGCCGACAGCUCCGACCACCACCACCUCCACCACCUCCACCUGCACAAGACCUCAGUGGGAGGAGGUGGUGGAGGAGGAGGAGGCGGAGGAGGUUCGGGAGGUGGCGGAGGCUCGGGAGGAGGUGGGGGCGAUGUGUCCAGCCCCGAGCACUUCCCCACGCGCCACCGCAGCACCAGCCUGGACUACCCGUACACGCUGCCCCAGCCCUGCCGCCCGCGCUGCGGCUCCAUCUCCGUGCCCGACCACCGCAUGAUGCGGGGGCUCAGCCCCGAGAAGUACGGCCGCUCGGGCAGCGGCGGCAGCAGCGGCAGCAGCGGAGGCCUCCGCAGGAGCCCCGAGCAGCGUCCCAAGCACGGCACCCACCACGACUCCCCGCGGCAGUACCACCACCACACCCAUCCGCAUGCCCACCACCCCCAGCACCACCACCACCACCACCAGCUGGGCUCCAGCCCCAGCAGCCCCAUGGGCAGCCUGGAGUUCUUCCAGCGGCACCGCGGCAGCGUGGGUAGCGUGGGCAGCGGCUGUGGUAGCCCGGAGCCCCGGCAGGGCUCGCUGCUGGGCACCCCCGAGCACCGCGGAGGAGGAGGCGGGGGCAGCCCGGAGACGCUGCGGCACCAGUACGGCGUGAGUCCGGAGCACGGCGGCGGUGGCGGUAGCGGCAGCGGGAAGUUCGGCAGCCCCGGCCGAGACGGCGGCGUGCAGCGGAGGCCGACAGGGGACGAAGUCUCGCCCCACCACCACCAACGGAGCAUUUACAACGGAAUGAACGGUGGGUCCCCGUCGUCGUCUUCGCCAUCCACCUCAUCAUCAUCAUCAUCACACUGGAGGCCACCUUUAAUCUGA